AUGUACCUCUAUGGAAACUUCUCGGGAGUUCUUCAGACAUUUACGACCGAGAAACUCUGCGGGGCUACCGGUGACGACUUUCUUUAUCUCGUCGAGUUGCAUUUCGGCUACACCACGCGGGGCCCUCCCCAUUUCGGCCAAGGCUUCUAUCUUCAAAAUGGCACGACCAACAAGGACCUUAUUCUCGCCGCUGCGGGUGACGAAUAUCCAAUCCCCUAUCUAAUCAAACUGUUCGACCCCAAGACCUCCAUCAAGCUGCCGCCAUUGGACACGGAGAAGAACCCGCGGGACAUGGUCACCGAAAUCUUGCGCGCCUCUAGUGGCAAAGAGCACGGCGUCACCUUCCAGUUUGCGAUUGAAGUCGGUGUCAAGAAGAGACAGAGAGAGGAAUUUGAAUGGCGAAAGACCAAAGGAAGCAAGGAUGUCGGGGGCCAUGAGACGCAAAAUCGAUACACGCUAUACCGCCUCGCAUCCAACCCUCCGGUCGCUUCUUCUUCUUCCGCCCCCGUUCCGGACGACACCCAGAUCGUAGCUGAGCUCGCGUUCCGCAAUGUCAUGAACGUCAAACACAUAUUCACUUUGGAGCUGCAGGGUGCUGGGCCUCAGGGGAGAGCUUGGUGA